UACCGUUUAUUAACAAACAAAAAAGUUUUCCUUAACAAUAAAACUCGAUCUAUUUAUACGUGCAAUAAUCUUGACUAUACUCUGUGCAAUAAACUUUGAAUUAUUCUUGCACCAUAAGCUUGCGAAUAUUCUAGCACAAUAACCUUGACUAUGAUCUUCUCCCUUAUGGCAGGACUCUAGUACGUGACAUAACAAAGUAUUUUUUUAGUUCUGAGAUUUUCUAAUGAGUAUAAAAAAUGCUGGAUGGUUCUGUUAGAUCUAAAAUCGACCCUACAUCAAAGUCUAGGCCAUAUAGAAUCCAAUUUUGGUGUUCUGUCUAGUUUUAGAAAUAAAGCAGGAUGACUGAAAGCUUUACACGUCAUUGUUAAAUUUUUUACUGUUGUAAUCCGCUGUUUUUCCGCAAAGGUUAGACUCUGUUGUACCUCAGCUAUUUCUGACAUUUUAGAAUCAAUCUGAACUACUAACCGAGUAACCUUGAAAAUAUUGAAUGUCCUAUUUUCAUGCUCACAUUCUUGAUCUCUAGCAAGGGAUACCUUAAUUCGUUAUAUUGUCUAUUUUAGAAAAUGUAUAAAAUUCGAACAGAUUGUUUAGGUGAUCAACAAAAAUUUACAGGUAAUUAUUCAACAAUACAAGAAUUGUUAGACGAAAUAUCUGUAAAAUAUAGCAAAUAUGACAUUACAAACAAAAAUAUAAUAUUAACAUAUACCAAUGAACAUGGUAUUGAAACAUUAAUCGAUCAAAUGAAUUUAAUACAAAAAAAUGUACAAUGGUUCGAUAUCGCUAUAUGGGAUUCAUGUUGUAUGUGCUUAAAUCCGUUUGGUAUAACACCAGAUUACUUGCCCUGUGAAUGUAGUCGACCAAAUUGUGACUAUCAAUAUUGUAAUAAAUGUGUACAAUCGAUUAUAAAAUAUAAUAAUGGUAAACCAUUUCGUUGUAUGUAUUGUGCCGGUGAAUAUCAAAACGGACCAGAACAGAAUUUGUUACUCAAAAAUUUGUUAUGGAAACAAUUUAUUGUUAAAUAUAACAUUGAUUUGUUAUCAACAUUGGAUUUACCAAGAACAUUAUCGAACGAUAUUCUUUGUCGAAUAAUUCAUAUUCAAUCACUCGUUCAAACAUUAAAAAAUAAGUUCACAACUAUUCCACCAACCAUAAGUUUACAAAUAGACGAAGCAAAUAUAUUAAUUACUAAUUUAGCAAAUAUUAAACAAAGAGUUGAUGAAAUAAUACUCCAAGACAAAGAUGAUGAAAUGAAUGUUUGUUUAGAAAAUUAUAAAAAUGAAAUGACUAGUGAAAAUAAUAGUCAACUAGGUUCAAAAUUUAUUGAAUUAUGUGAAUUAUUAUUGUGCUACAUUAAAGAGACAGAAUUUGAAAAAUAUUUUCAAUCAUUAAAGAACAAAAUGCAAGAAUGGGAGAAUACAAUAUUAGGUACUAGUGAAACAUUUCAACCAAAAGUACUUGAUCUUUUUAGAGCAAUUGAGAAAGAUCUUAAUCAAAUAAUUAUACCGACUAUACCAUGCAAAAUAGGUAUUAUUGGUGAAAUAAGUUCAGGAAAAAGUUCAUUGUUAAAUCGUUUAAGAGAGAUAGAAAAUGAUAAAUUAGUAGAAAUACAUUCAACUACAACAUCAACAAUACUUGUCUCACCUACUCAUAGUGAUAAAAGUACCUAUUGUUCAUUAGAAUUUGAACAUGUUUAUCCAAAUGGUAAAAAAGUAAUAUUUGUUGAUAUUGAAGGUUCAACAGAUAAUGAUACAUAUCUUAAAUCUGGAAAUUAUUUUGAUGAAAUUCGAAAAGCUAAUUGUGAUUUAUAUAUUAUUGUUUUUGAUAAUACAUUUACUGAUAUUCAACAUAAAUGGCAAAAUUAUAUUGAACAAACAUUACAACGUUCAUGUUUAUUAGUACGAACAAAAGUUGAUGAAUUAUUUCUUAAUACAUUUGAAGAAGAUAUUGGUGAAGAAUUUGAUUCAAUUAGUGAUGAUAAAUAUCGAGAACUAUAUCAAGAAAAAAUAAUUAGGCAAAUUCGUUCAAAAGUUAGUCAUGAUAUUCAUGGUGAAUUAUUGUCGUCAAAUGUUUAUUUGACAUUUGCUAGUUAUUAUAUAAAUAAACGUAAUAAAAUUUUAGCAGAAAAAUUAUUUUCAAAAUUUGAUAUUAAUAAAUUAAUUCAUUAUCUGAGUAACUUACCAUUAAAUUUGUAUGAACAGCGUCUACAUCAAAUGGCAUUAUGUGCAACAGCACGAGUUAUUAAUACUUGUUUUCGUCGUGGUUAUGUUAUUUCAAUACUAAAAUAUAAAAUUGAAGCUGGUAUUUUAGGUAUUAUUCCGUUUGCUGAUUUAUUUGCAGGAUAUUUGGGACGAGAAGAUAUUCGACAAACAUUUGGUAUAAAUGAUCGCUCACGUUUCUCAAAUUGGUUUAAUGGUAAAAGUGAUACAUUUAAAAAUUAUUUAAAAGAAUUUGAUAUUGAUAUGGAUGAAAAUGGUUUAAAAACAUCAGCUUUCAAGAAAACAUUUUCAACUAAUAGUAAUAUCAAAGAUAAAGGAAAAAAUUUCACAAAAAUUGCUGGUCCCGGUGCCGUUGGAGCUGGAGCUGUUGCUGCUACUAUUAGUGAUGAUGCUGCUAGAGCAUUGAUACCUGUUGCAUCAGGUACUCUGCGUACUGGUCUAGCAGUCGGCUUAUUUGCUGUUGGUUUUGUAGUCACAGCUGGUAUGUGUGCUUGGUCAGCUGUUUCAAAUGGUAAAAAAAUGUAUGGUUAUUUAAAUAGUUUAUGUGAUGAUAUUAUUUUUGUUUGUGGAAAAGUAAUUCUGAAAAUUAUUCAAGAUAACGGUCAAACACGUACUGAAUGGCUCAAUCAAGAAUGA